AUUAGCGAUCCAUCCUCACUACUCUUCCUGAGGUCCAAACACAUUAAGGCACUUACACAAAACAAGAGAUAACAGUACAUCAUAUAAGAAUACACCACUAUAUAGCUACAACACAAAAUGUAUGAUACCACCAUACAACAAUAUUACAAUGUGUCUGUACCUGUGUGUCCUUUCACAGUCCCCGCUGUUCCAUAAGGUGUACUUUUAUGUUUAAAAGAAAUAAAUAUUUAUACUGCUUGCAUCAGUUACCUGAUGUGGAAUAUAGUUCCAAGUAGUCAUGGCUCUAUUUAGUGCUGUGCGCCUCCCACAAUCUGCUCUGUAUUUGGGGAGUGUGAAGAGACCGCUGGUGGCAUGUCUUGUGGGGUUGAUGACAAGUUGAAUCCGAUGUGUUUGUCCGGGGCUACAUCUAAAAUGUGUACUGUUGGGGCUACUCGAGGACUGGAGUUAGAAAACACUGGUCUACACAGAGGCACUAAUUGGUUUUUUGACCAAUCGUCAAGGAAAAAGAUUUGAUGUGAUUGGUCAAAAUACCAAUUAGUGGAAAAAUAUCAGAAUUGGACUGUGUGUGUAAACGCAACCUACGCUAUUCAGACACAAUGCAUAUCUGACUACCUCCGGAGGUGGUCAGGAAGAUCUGAUCACAAUGCGUCUUCUAAUCAUCUACACCUGUCUAAAAAUAUGGGCACAAUCGGAAUGUGGAUGUGAUCAGGACAAAGGACUGAUGUAGGAACAAGGUAUAAAUGGGGCUAUUGAUAGCAGCAAUCUUUGGUAAACCAGUUUAGCACCCGAGGAAAGUAUUUGAACCCUGAGAUGUCAUUCAGAUUCCUGGCUGAAUGACACAACACCUCACCUUAUCACUUGUUCUCUUUAGCCUCCCUUCAUCCAAUAUCAGAGGUAAAGUUGGUGUAUCCUCUGUCAUGCAUCCAACCGCCCUCCUGUUGCUGCUGACCGGUAAGACUGUCAUGUUCUAAUAAUGAUUAGAACAUUGUUGAACCAAUGUGGAAUAGGCAUUGAAUUGAUGUCUGUGCCCAGUGGGCUGUAACUCUGUUAUAUGGAACCUCACUGUCAGGAAUAUGUGCAGUAGUGUGACUGACAGCUUCAUCUCUUUCUUCUGCCAGCCUACGUGGCUCAUGGUUCACUGCUGCAAUUUGCCAGAAUGAUCAAGUGCACCCAGCCUGGUGUCAACCCCUUCAUGUAUAAUAACUACGGCUGUUGGUGUGGCUUGGGGGGGACUGGCAAGCCAAGGGAUGAGCUGGAUGGGUGUUGUAAGGUCCACGACCACUGCUAUCAAGCGAGCCGCCAUCUUCCAGAUUGCCGUCCCGUCAUUGAUUACCCUUACAUCAAUCUGUAUAGAUUCUCUUGCGCUAAUGGGCAGGUCUCCUGUUCAGCCUCUAGCCACAUGUGCCAGGUCUCAGUGUGUGAGUGUGACCGUGUCGCCACCAACUGCUUCGCCCAGUCGACCUACAACCCUAAGAACAAGAACCUGGACCCCAAAGUCCACUGUCUCUCCUGAGCCAAGUCAAAUCUGGAAGCAGCACCAACUGUAGAUUCACAGAAUGUUUAUGAAUCCUGUUUCAUGCAUAAUGUUUGCUGUAAUGGAAUUUAUUUUGCUAACAAAACUGACAACCUGAUUAAAUUAUUGAAUGGCA